CUGAGGUGAUUUGAGUUGGAGGUGAAUGUUAAUAAAAGCUGUUCUUUUGGGUAUAACUUGUUCGCGUUUGUGUAUGACGAUGGAUUUGCCUGUUUAGGAUUCUGUGUAUCUCUGGAUGAAGAGUUUUCGAUGGUAUUUACUGUGUGAAUUCGUUGAUUUCUUUUUUACGGAAUGCAACGCCGAUAUUCGAUCUAUGUUGUGACGAUAGUCUUGCUGACAACUUUCAGCCCUGCUGUCGUGCAAGGCUUGGUGUCAUGUUCACCAAAUCCAUGCAAAAAUGGAGCUUCUUGUGUAUCUAACCGUCCAGGAGAGUCUGUCUGUAGCUGCCCAGCUAUGUAUGUAGGUAAGUAUUGCCAGCAUUUAAAUCCUUGCCACACUGGGCCUGGUCCUCGCUGUCAGAACGGUGGUACUUGUAACGUUGAGAUGAACACCACUAGUGGUCCCAUCUUUUCGUGUACGUGCCCUGUGGGCUAUUCGGCUUCUUUGUGUGAGAUUGCUGUCCCUAAUAGCUGUGAUAGCGACCCAUGUCAGAACGGAGGAACCUGUACGCUGAUUACACUGGAUGAUUAUAUUUGUACAUGUGCAGCAGGUUUCAGAGGUAAACACUGUGAAUCGGUUGAUCAUUGUGCUUCCCAGCCGUGUAGGAACAAUGCUCAGUGUAAAUCCCUGUGGGAUGACUACCGUUGCACGUGUGCUGAAGGAUUUACUGGACAAACAUGUACACAGGACAUCGAUGAGUGCCUCAAUGACCCAUGUAUUCACGGAAGCUGUAAGAACACUGUGGGAUACUAUAAGUGCACCUGCGACGUGGGUUACACUGGCCAGAACUGCGAAUCACAAUACAUCCCAUGUGACCCAAGUCCGUGUGAGAACGGUGGUUCAUGUGAAGCUGUAGAUAACCUCAAUUAUCGUUGUUCCUGUUCUCAAGGAUUCACGGGUACCAAUUGUGAUCACAAUAUUGACGAUUGUGUUGGUAAUUUGUGUCAGAACGGAGCUAAUUGUAUAGACGGAGUAAAUGAUUAUACCUGUCAGUGCCCACCUACCUAUACUGGUCCUUACUGCAGCCAAGAUGUAGACGAGUGUGCGUUAAGGCCUAGCGUUUGUAGAAAUGGUGCAACUUGCACCAACACCAUUGGCAGUUAUUCAUGUAUUUGCGUGAACGGUUGGACAGGUCCGGACUGCAGUGAAAACAUAGAUGACUGCGCAGGUGCUGCGUGUUUUAACGGUGCCACCUGUCAUGACAGAGUUGGAUCGUUUUAUUGUCAGUGUGCUCCUGGAAAAACAGGUUUAUUGUGUCAUUUGGACGAUGCCUGUGCCAGCAAUCCUUGUCAUUCUGGGGCCGAAUGUAACACCAACCCAACAAAUGGUAACUACCUUUGCACCUGUCCGAAUGGCUUUAAGGGAACGGACUGUACAGAAGAUGUCAACGAGUGCCAAGAAGGUUUACCUUGUGAACAUGAUGGAUUGUGUGUUAACACUCCAGGUUCUUUCAUGUGCAAUUGCAGUAAGGGUUUUACUGGGCCCAGGUGUGAGAUUAACAUAAAUGAAUGCGAUUCCAAUCCCUGCCAAAACGAGGGGACUUGUUUGGACGAACGAGGAGGAUUCCGUUGCGUGUGUAUGCCAGGCUAUAGUGGGAUACACUGUGAAACUGAUACUGAUGAAUGUAUGCCAAACCCAUGUUUAAAUGGAGGAAUAUGCAGUGACCUCAUCAAUGGGUUCAAGUGUCUUUGUCAAGUUGGUUUCAAUGGAAAAAAAUGUGAAAUGAAUAUUGAUGAUUGUGUGAGCCAGCCUUGUCAACAUGGUGGAACUUGCCAUGAUGGAGUAGCCAGCUUUGCCUGUGAUUGCCUACCUGGUUUUACUGGAUUUGCUUGCGAGACGAACAUUAACGAUUGUCAGUCUUCUCCUUGUUAUUAUGGAGAGUGUAUAGAUGGUAUUGGAAGGUUCACAUGUAACUGUCAUAGAGGCUAUACAGGUAUUCUGUGCCAGACCCAGAUUAAUGAGUGUAGUAGUAAUCCUUGCCAGCAUGGUGGGCACUGUGAAGAUUUCAUUGAUAGAUAUCAGUGUCGUUGUCGACCAGGCACGACAGGAGCCAACUGUGAACACAAUCUAAAUGAGUGUGCCAGCAACCCAUGUCGCAACAGUGCCUUAUGUGAAGAUGGAAUCAAUUCAUACAGAUGUAUAUGCCAUCCAGGAUUUACAGGAACACACUGUGAAACAAAUAUUGAUGAGUGUGCAAGUCACCCUUGUGCUAAUGGAGGGGUGUGCACAGAUCUUAUCAGUGGUUUCAAAUGUGAUUGCCCACGAGGAUAUUAUGAUGCUCGGUGCCUCUCUGAUGUCAAUGAAUGUGAAAGUAACCCGUGUUUAAAUGGAGGGACAUGCGAGGAUGAAGUAAACAGAUUCAUUUGUCACUGUUCAAAAGGUUAUAGGGGUCAUCGAUGUGAGUUAGAUAUUGACGAAUGCCAGUCUAAUCCAUGCAAACAUGGAGGGAUCUGUCAUGAUAGCCUUGCUUCCUAUACAUGUUCAUGUUUACCUGGCUAUACAGGGAAAAACUGUGGAACUAAUAUUGACGAUUGUGCUUCUAAACCUUGCCAGAACGGUGGAUCAUGCAUCGAUCUAGUCAAUGCUUAUAAAUGUGUUUGUGAAGUGCCUUAUAGUGGUCCUAAUUGUGGAACUGAACUUGAUCCUUGUACUCCAAAUAAGUGUAAAAACAGAGCAAAGUGCACCCCUUCAUCUAAUUAUCUGGAUUUUGCCUGUACUUGUGAACUUGGAUAUACAGGUCGCUUAUGUGACGAAGACAUUAAUGAAUGUGUCAUCUCAUCUCCCUGUCGAAAUGGAGCUACUUGUGUAAAUACAAAUGGGUCAUACAUUUGUAAUUGUGCUAAGGGUUAUGAAGGGCGUGACUGUUUAAUCAAUACUGAUGACUGCAGUUCAUAUCCAUGCCAAAAUGGAGGAUCAUGUCUAGAUGGUAUUGGGGAAUAUACUUGUGUUUGUGUUGAAGGAUUUGGAGGAAAAAAUUGUGAAAUUGACAUAAAUGAGUGUACCAGUGAUCCUUGCCAGAAUGGUGCUACCUGCAAUGAUUAUGUUAACAGUUACACAUGUACAUGUCCACUGGGUUUCAGUGGUACAAACUGUCAAACAAAUGAUGAAGACUGUACUUCAAGUUCUUGUAUGAAUGGUGGAAUUUGUAUUGAUGGAAUCAACACGUACACCUGUCGGUGUUCAGUAGGUUAUACUGGUUCUAACUGCCAGUUCCACAUUAAUGAAUGUGACUCGCACCCUUGUUCUAAUGGAGCCACCUGUAUUGACCACGUGGGUUUUUACACCUGUCACUGCCCUUUUGGAUUCACUGGAAUUCAUUGUGAGACUUUUGUUGAUUGGUGUAGCACUAGUCCUUGUAUGAAUGGUGGUACUUGUAAACAAAGCAAUAACACCUAUCGCUGUACCUGUAGUCCUGGAUGGACAGGAAUGCUGUGUGAUGUGUCUAUGGUCUCUUGUGCUGUUGCUGCUUCUCAGAAAGGUAUUGAAAUUGUAGAACUUUGUGAAAAUGGUGGAACUUGUGAAAAUAUUGGCAAUAGCCAUAGAUGUAUCUGUCGUGAUGGAUUUGAAGGGAGCUACUGUCAACAUGAAAUAAAUGAAUGCACCUCCCAACAAUGUCAGAACAAUGCAACAUGCAAUGAUUUAAUUGGGCAGUACACUUGUGACUGUCAACCUGGUUUUCAAGGUGUGAACUGUGAAUUUAAUAUAGAUGAUUGCGAUCCCAACCCUUGUCUGUUUGGAGGUACAUGUCAUGAUCUGAUCAACAAAUUUGUGUGUUCCUGUCCUCAUGGCACUAUUGGAAUUUUGUGUGAAAUUAAUGUCAAUGAGUGCUUUGAAGGUGCCUGCCAUCAUGGUGGAACAUGUAUUGAUGAAGUUGGGCAUUAUGAGUGUAACUGUCCCCCAGGUUUUGUUGGCCCAAGGUGUGAAGGUGAUGUCAAUGAAUGCCUCUCUAAUCCUUGUACAAGUCCUGGCACCCAGGACUGCAUUCAGUUAAUUAAUGACUAUCGAUGUGAGUGUAAACCUGGAUUUAUGGGUCGUCACUGUGAAAUAAAAGUCAACUUUUGUGCUUCUAACCCAUGUCUUAAUGGAGGAAUAUGUAGUAGUACACAGUUAGGACAUACUUGUGUCUGCCCUGAGGGAUUCUGGGGUGACAACUGUGGGUUGACGAAUACUACUUGUGCUAGUAAGCCAUGUUUAAAUGGAGGUCAGUGCCUUCCAAAACGAGAAGGCUAUACUUGUUUAUGCCCACGAGGUACAACUGGGAAACUGUGUGAGACAAUCAUUGAUGGUGCAUGCCUGUCGCUACUCUGUCAAAAUGAUGCUGCUCCCAUUGAUAGAACAGACUUGAAGAAAAAGUGUGAGUUAAACAAAUGUAAAAAGAAGGCUGGAAAUAGACGCUGUGAUGAGGAGUGCAAUAAUGAUAUGUGUAAUUUUGAUGGUGGAGACUGCUCUCUAAGAACAAAUCCAUGGCUUAAGUGUGUUGCAACCAUUAGUUGUUGGAAUGUUUUCCGCAAUGGAGAGUGUAAUGCUGAGUGCAAUAAUGCAGAUUGUCUCUUUGAUGGCUUUGAUUGCAUUCAAGAACUACCAUCUUGCAAUGAAAUGUAUGAUUCAUACUGUCUCCUUAAUUAUGGAAAUGGUUACUGUGACUAUGGAUGCAACAAUGAGGAGUGCAACUGGGAUGGUCUUGAUUGUGAGACAGAUUCUCCACAAUUAGCUGAUGGAACGCUCACCUUCAUUCUUCUCAUUGAUUUUAUGGUAGGUGAAAUACUACACUAG